CGGUCGGAUUGAACUCGUAGCAGCUACGAUGGCAGCGUUUUCUGAAAUGGGGGUUAUGCCUGAAAUCGCGCAGGCUGUGGAGGAGAUGGACUGGCUGCUACCUACUGACAUCCAGGCAGAGUCCAUUCCCCUCAUUCUUGGUGGAGGAGAUGUACUUAUGGCAGCUGAAACUGGUAGCGGAAAAACAGGAGCAUUCAGUAUCCCUGUGAUCCAGAUUGUGUAUGAGACCCUGUCGGACCAGAAGGAGGGCAAGAAGGGCAGAGCAGCCAUCAAAACUGGAGGAGCUAUCUUCAACAGCUGGCAGAUGAAUCCUUAUGACCGCAGUUCAGCCUUUGCGAUUGGUCCGGAUGGACUGUGCUGCCAGAGCAGAGAGUUUAAAGAGUGGCAUGGCUGUCGCUCUACAAAAGGUGUCACCAAAGGGAAGUACUACUAUGAGGUGACCUGCCAUGACCAGGGGCUGUGUCGUGUUGGCUGGUCCACAAGUCAGGCAGCCCUUGACUUGGGAACCGAUAAGUAUGGGUUUGGUUUUGGUGGGACUGGAAAGAAAUCACACAAUAAGCAGUUUGACAGCUAUGGCGAGGAGUUUACCAUGCAUGACACUAUUGGAUGCUACCUGGAUCUUGACAAGAGCCAAAUUUCCUUCUCCAAAAAUGGUAAUGACCUGGGUUUGGCUUUUGAGAUUCCUAAAAAUCUGCAGAAUCAGGCCUUCUUUGCCUCCUGUGUGCUCAAGAAUGCAGAGCUGAAGUUUAACUUUGGAGGAGAAGACUUUAAACAUCAACCUAAGAGUGGGUUUGUCGCCUUCAACCAGGCACCAGACGGUCACUCAGUCAAAUCUUCUCAGACAGGCAGCGCCAAAGUGAGUCAGGUGAAACCAACAUCCAAUGCACCCAAAGCCCUGAUCAUCGAGCCUUCAAAAGAACUGGCUGAACAGACCCUCAACAAUGUCAAGCAAUUUAAGAAAUAUGUGGAUAAUCCCAAACUCAGGGAACUACUGGUAAUUGGCGGUGUGGCUGCCAAAGAGCAGCUGGCUGCUCUGGAACAAGGGAUCGACAUUGUGGUGGGAACACCUGGCAGACUGGACGACCUUAUAUCCACUGGGAAACUCAGCCUAUCCCAAGUCCGCUUUCUGGUCCUGGAUGAGUGUGAUGGCCUCCUAUCAGCAGGCUAUACUGACUUCAUCAACAGGAUCCAUAACCAAAUCCCACAGGUCACUUCUGAUGGCAAGAGACUGCAGGUGAUUGUGUGCUCAGCCACGCUGCAUUCGUUUGACGUGAAGAAGUUGUCUGAGCGCAUCAUGCACUUUCCCACAUGGGUGGACCUGAAGGGCGAGGACUCUGUUCCCGAGACUGUCCACCAUGUGGUGGUGCCUGUCAACCCCAAGACUGAUCACAUGUGGGAGCGGCUGGGCAAGAACCACAUCAGGACUGACGAAGUCCAUGCCAAAGAUAACACCAGACCAGGAGCCAAUUCAGCAGAAAUGUGGUCAGAAGCUAUUAAGGUACUGAAGGGCGAGUACACAGUGAGGGCCAUCAAAGAGCACAAAAUGGACCAGGCCAUCAUCUUCUGUCGCACCAAGAUUGACUGUGACAACAUGGAGCAGUACUUCAUUCAGCAGGGAGGAGGUCCAGACAGUAAAACCCACCAGUUGUCCUGUGUUUGUCUCCAUGGUGAUCGUAAGCCCAACGAGAGGAAAAAUAACUUGGAGCGCUUUAAGAGAAAAGAAGUGAGACACCUGAUCUGCACAGAUGUAGCUGCCAGAGGGAUUGACAUCCACGGAGUUCCUUAUGUGAUUAACGUCACCCUGCCAGAUGAGAAGCAGAACUAUGUCCAUCGUAUUGGCAGAGUGGGCAGAGCAGAAAGAAUGGGUCUGGCCAUCUCCUUGGUUGCCAUGGAGAAGGAGAAGGUGUGGUAUCACGUUUGUGCAAACCGAGGCCGAGGAUGCUACAACACCCGACUGAAGGAGGAUGGCGGUUGCACCAUCUGGUACAAUGAGAAAGAGCUUCUGUCAGAUAUUGAGGAACAUCUAAAGUGCACCAUCACCCAGUGUGAGCCUGACAUCAAAGUACCUGUGGAUGAGUUUGAUGGAAAGGUCUCUUACGGUCAGCGCAGAGCAUUGGGAGGUGGUAACUACAAGGGUCACGUGGAUGUGCUGGCCCCGACAGUCCGUGAGCUGGCUAACCUGGAGAGAGAGGCCCAAACUUCCUUCCUCCAUCUGGGAUACAUGCCAAACCAGCUGUUCAGGGCCUUCUGAACGCACCUGAACGCACCUCAACUAAUACUACUGGCUAUUCUAGAAUUAAUAAGAAUAGGACAUUUUCACAUAUUGCAGUGACUACAUCUUCGUGCAACUAAACAGCAACGUGCAGUCACAGUCCAGUUGGGAUGAUUUUUUCAUGCAACCAUAAAUACAUAACUCAUAAAUGAUUUACAUGAAAUGUAUACUAAGGUGUCAGAAUAGCUACAUUUAACUCUGCAACCUGUAUCCAAAGGACAAGAAGAUUCCUGAUUUAUGUUUAGUUGUGUAAUAUUCUCCUUCAAUAGUUGGGUUUAAAUUUUGUAUUUGGAAAGCUGAAGUCAACUUUCAGCAUGUAAGCUUGUCAAGAGUGUUGCACUUAUGUUUAAAAUCAAAGGCCUUCAUCAUCGCACAGCUAGCAAAAAAAAGAAUCGCACAACACUAAAGCAAAAUGUAAUUGGUUGAAUUUUCUGAUAUGACUGAAUUAAAUAUUUAAGUUUAUCUGUGGAGUAAUUGGCUGGAAAGUCAAUGGAUUUCAGUUGCUUGGUAUUAUGUUUUCUGAAAUAAACUAUUGAAG